AUGAUCCUCAAGCGCGCGACAACACCACGCAUUGGCUGGUAUGGCCUCGGCUCCAUGGGCCUUCCCAUGGCUACGAACCUCCAGCGACACCUGACAAAGAAUCCUGAAGAACAUAACCUGACAUACUACAACCGCACGUUAUCCGCCGGCGACAGCCUGAAAGAGCUCGGCGCGACUCCUGCCGAGAGUCUGCUAGACCUGGUCGAGAAGUGCGAUGUCAUAUUUACUAUGCUCUCCAACGACAAGAUCCUCACCGAAACAGUCAACACCAUAUCUUCCUCCAGCGCCGCCAUAGAUAAGAAGACCUUCGUCGACUGCUCGACCGUUCACCCGGAUACAACAGCGCAAGUGUCCAGCACGCUCUCCGGUCUCGGCGCGGUCUUCUUAUCAGCGCCGGUGUUCGGGGGCCCCGCUGUUGCGCAGACAGGGCAGCUGGUGUUUGCGCUUGGCGGGCCGAGCCAGACUGCGAACCAGAUUGAUGUGCGGCGGUAUAUUGUUGGCGUUAUGGGGAAGAAGGUCAUUGGGUGUGGAGAGGAGGCAAAGGGCGCGAGUUUGUUGAAGAUUGGGGGGAAUAUCAUCACGCUGAACCUGAUGGAAGCUGUCGGGGAAGCACAGGUAUUCGCUGAGCGGACGGGUCUCGGGACAGCGGCGAUGGAAGAGUUGAUUACCGAGUCGUUCGGGGCUGUUGCGGGAGGAUAUUCCAAGAGGUUAACGACCGGAAUCUACGCACCACCGCUCAACACCCGCCCCGGCUUCGGCGUCUCGUUAGCCAUCAAGGACGCGGACCACGCACUAUCCAUUGCGAACAAAACCAAUACAAAACUCCCAGGCUUGGAACUGGCAAGCAACAACAUGCGCGCUGCUCGGGAAUACGGGGGCGAAUGCUUGGACAGCAGCUCGAUGUACGGGGUUCUCCGGAUGCAGGCUGGGCUGCCGUUCUGGAAUGGCAGCAGCCGGCAAGAAUGA